CAGCCUUGAUCCAUCAGAGCUUCUCUCCAUUCCUCAUGUCCAAAACCUCUCUCCACAUGGCUCCUUUGGUGUUAUUCCUCCUCAACCCAACCAUAAUCUUCUCCUUGAUUUUACUACUACUAUUAGCAAGGCUGUUUCUGAGCAACCUUAAGGGGUCAUCUCAACGAAUGCCUCCAGGACCCACACCACUCCCUAUCAUCGGCAAUUUGCAUUUGAUAAAUAUUAAAAGGCAAGAUGUAUCGUUUAUGAAGCUUUCCAAAACAUAUGGCCCAGUCUUCACGCUCCAUUUCGGUCUAGAGAAGGUUGUGGUGCUGGUUGGCUACGAGGCUGUGAAAGAGGCACUCCUGAGCAAGGGAAAUGAGUUUAUCGAUAGGCCUGUGAUCCCCAUAUUCUCACGGAUCCAGCAUGGGAACGGUUUAUUCUUCUCUGUUGGGGAACUGUGGAAGCAUACCCGUCGAUUCACCUUGACUACCGUACGGGAUCUUGGGAUGGGCACCUCACUGAUCGAAGGAAAGAUGCUCGAAGAGCUAAAUUUCCUGGUUGAGAAGAUCAGCUCCUUUGAAGGUCGGCCUUUUUCAUUGAAGACCUUUUCUGUAGCUCCAACAAAUAUCACCUUCAUCAUACUGUUUGGAAACAGGUUUGACUACUCUGACCCAACUUUCAUUACUCUCUUAAGACUCAUUGAUGAAGUGAUGGCUCUUCUGGGGGCUCCAUCUUUACAACUGUUUAACGUCUAUCCGUUCCUUGGGCCCCUCCUCAACCCCCAUAAGAUGAUCUUGAAAAGAAUUGAAGAAACGAAUGUCAUCCUACGGAAAUACAUCCAAGCCAGCAAGGAGACUCUAAGUGGGAACCAGCUACAAAGCUAUAUUGACUCCCUGCUGUUCAAACAAGAAGAGGAAAAAAAUGGCAAGAAGGACAUAUUUCACAGCACCAACAUCAUCAGCUCAGUUCUUGACCUAGUCAUGGCUGGCACGGAGACCACCGCUACCACUCUGCAGUGGGCCUUUCUGCUGAUGAUGAAGUACCCUGAGAUUCAAAGGAAGGUGCAAGAAGAAAUCCAGAGCGUCCUUGGAUCGGAACGUUUACCGGUCUAUGAAGACAGGAAGCGGAUGCCCUUCACGAAUGCCACGAUUCAUGAGGUGCAGAGGUUUGCUUCUGUUGUACCACAGUUUCCACGCUGCACCUCCGUGGACACACACUUCCAAGGCUACUUCAUUCCAAAGGGAACAGCAGUGAUUCCUUCUCUCACAUCCUCACUUUAUGACGAAACCCAGUGGGAGACUCCUUACCGGUUUAACCCCAACCAUUUUCUGGAUGCUGAAGGGAACUUUGUGAAAAAAGAAGCCUUCAUGCCUUUCUCAAUAGGUCGCAGGAACUGCCUUGGAGAAGGCCUGGCCAGGAUGGAACUCUUCCUGUUUGUGGUGGGAGUGCUCCAGCGGUUUACAUUUCGACCCCCUCCUGGAAGGAACGAAGUGGACUUGGAACUUACUACUGAGCCCGCCUUCACUCGGCGGCCCCAGCGGUACUCGACCUGCGCAGUGCCCACCUUCUAGGGUGGCCAAUUCAGGGGGCAGUCAGUGGCUUCCAGGGACUGAGAGAAAAGCCCCUCCAUGCACCCAGAGGGCAUUCCUACCAUAGGGCUUUGCCAGUGGCCCCUGCCAACUUUCUUAUGUUCUUCGCACAACCCUGAGAUGCUUUACAAUCCGCUCUUCUCAUUUGAGCAUGGUAGAGCAAUGCCUCUGAGCACCCUUCACCCUUCUCCUUCCCACAGAAAUAUAUUACAAAGCUUGCCAGGACACUAGCUGGACGUCCUUAUCUCAAACAUCGUUUACGAUCCUUUGCUGAAUGUUAUGUUUAUAGGGAGGAACGUGAACUGCCUGAUACCCUCUGUAGCACCCUCUGUAGCUUAAAAUGGCACAGCUCAGAUGCUGGUUGAGAAUCGCUGAUCUAAAGAGUGGAAGUCCCAAAACCUUGCAUAUUAAACUGCUAACUAAACCCACA